AUGGCGCUCACCACGCGCAUCAUCAAAGAGACGGAGAAGCUGCAGCGCGAACACCCCGACGGUAUUGAGGCCACACCAUCACCCACAAACCCGCGCUACUUUCAUGUGAAGAUCCGCGGCCCGCCGCAGAGCAGUUACGAAGGCGGCAUCUUUCAUCUUGAACUCUUCCUCCCAGAGGAAUAUCCAAUGGUGCCGCCAAAGGUACGCUUCCUCACACGCAUCUAUCACCCAAAUGUGGAUAAACUUGGCCGCAUUUGUCUCGAUAUCAUCAAGGAUAAGUGGUCGCCAGCCCUGCAGAUCAUUAAGGUGCUGCUCAGCAUACAGCUGCUCAUGUCAAGCCCAAACCCAGAUGACCCGCUCGAUAAUGAAGUAGCUGACGCCUGGAAGCGAGACGAGGCAGAGGCAAUGAGCACCGCGCGAGAGUGGACGCGGAAGUAUGCCACAUCGUAA